AUGACUAUGAGCAAACAGGACCAACAUGGAAAUGCCGCCGAGUCCAUGGUUUUCAUUGGCGCCGGCAUGAUGAGAACUGGUACGCGUAGUCUACAGGCUGCGUUAGAGAAACUCUACGAUGGACCCUGUUAUCAUACCUUUGAUUCGAUGCUGCAUACGCCACAGGAUCUCCAAUUUUGGGUAGAAAGCCUUGAGGACAUGGAGCGUGGUGUUUCGCAGACUGAUCCGGCGUACUGGGAUCGCCUGUUGCAUGGCUAUCAAGGAACAACGGAUUUUCCCGGAUCUGUCUUCUUUAAGGAGCUAAUGCAAGCUUACCCCAAGGCUAAGGUAUGUAGCAUUUAG